UGUGUGAGAGAAUUGACGACAGAAAUAAAGCGUGGGGGAAGGAAAGUUGAAAGUGUUAGAGCAGGAAUGUCUGGGGGCAGAUAAAUAGAUCACCGAUUGUUAGAAGUGGUAAUCCUGACAAAAGCAUGGUGUAUUCUGUAGGAAACAGUAGGUCCUGGAUGCUCCACCAAGUCUGUCUGCUUCUUCUUCUUCUCCUUAGUGUCCUUAGGUACUGCUGCUUAGAAACUGCCUGGCCACAUGGGUCUGGGGCCCAGGAGGAUAAUUGCCCGGGCCCUCGCUGGAAUGCCAUGUGUCGUUCGUGCUGUGAAUAUGAGCAGAUCCAUUGCACGUGUCCAUCUCAGAGAACACGGGUAGGCUAUGCUGUGCCCUGCUGUCGCAAUGCCAUGCACCAUUGUGACCCCUGUAUCAUCCACCAGGGCUGCAGUGUGUUUGAUAACUGUAAGAGAUGCAAUAACGGCACAUGGAAGGCAAAGGAUGAUUUCUAUAUCAGCAGCAGUUACUGCAUGGAGUGUCGUCAAGGCUGGUCUGGAGGAGAUUGUCUUACAUGUGGAGAAGUUAUAAGGAGGUCUCAAGGUCAUGUGACCCUAGAGAGUUACCCAAUCAAUGCCAAAUGUGAGUGGACACUGCAGGUUAGCAGAGGGCUGACCAUGGAACUCAGGCAAUUGCCUUUUUUAUUAACUUUUUUUUUUAGACAAACUAAUUUGUAUAAGAAUUCUCCUCAUUUUUGCUGCUCAUUUUUUUACAGAUUCACAAUGCUCAGUUUGGAGUUUGAUCACAGUUGUGACUAUGACUACAUAGAGGUCCGAGAUGGCGACAGCCUUAACUCACGUGUAAUUGGCAGAUACUGUGGGAAUGAUAUCCCUUCACCAAUCAGGAGCUCAGGACACUCACUGCAUAUCCGAUUUGUAUCAGAUGGCUAUAACAAUUACGAUGGUUUCUCUGCCACAUUUCAGGAACACUCAGCAUGUGGCUGUAUGAAUGCUGGAAUGUGCUCACUAGACCCAUUGAAGACUUUCCACUGUGUUUGCCCAGAAGGCUUUACAGGCUUGCGCUGUGAGAACAAGCAAGUGCCACCUGGCUGUGCAGACCCCGGGAAGCCUGCUCAUGGUGACCACUUCCUGCAGUACGAGGAUGGAGACAUUGCCACUUCGGUUCAGUACCUCUGCUAUAAACCCUACAAACUCAGGGGCACCCCCUGGAGGACAUGUCUGUCCAACAGCACAUGGAGUGGGACGGCUCCGACAUGCGUCAGGGAGACACAACCAAUCAGAAAAGUUUGCUUGCCCCCUCCACAACUCCGUCAUGGCUACUCCACAAAAAAUACUGGUCCAGAUGGGGUAAUCAAGAGCAUAAAAUUCUUCUGCAAUAAUCCUUAUGUUUUGAGUGGAAGCUCAGAGAGAACGUGCCAAGAAAAUGGCACCUGGACGGGAAGCCAGCCCCAGUGCAUCAGAGCUUGUCGCGAGCCAAAGAUUUCAAAACUAGUGCGUCAGACGGUGCUGAAGCACCAGCCUCCUUCCAGAAAGAGUCCAUUACACAGGGUAUACUCUUUCUACCAGCCAAGCUCUGCUGAAGGAGUCCGCACUGGUAGUGUGGCCACUGCACUGGCUGAAUUACCACCAGGUUUUCACCAUCAAUACACUAUUAUUGAGUAUGAAUGUGCAUCUCCUCUCUACCAGUCUUCUGGAAGCACGCGUCGAACUUGUCUGAGGACUGGCAGGUGGAGUGGACACCAUCUUUCCUGUUCACCAGUGUGUGGUAAGCUUUCAGUAAAUUCCCUGAGCCUGACACAAACACGCUGGCCAUGGCACACAGCCAUAUACCACCACCUCCCUGACUACCACAGCCAUGUCAUGGUGGGGGGCAGGAGACAUGGGGACACAUUUUCUGCAGCCGAGUACAAACGUUUAAUGGAAGGAAGCACUGAGGAGCAGACGUGGCAGCUGGUGUGCAGUGGUGCUCUAGUUAGCCAGCACACUGCACUGGUACCUGCUCAUUGUGUCACUGAGCCUGGCCAGAGAGCAACUGUCCAGACUUCUGAUCUAAGAGUGGUGCUGGGAAAACAUCAUAUCAGUGACCUGAGAGACAGCAAGAGGCUCCAGCACAUGCAGGUAUCAGAGAUCCUGGUGCACCCCAGCUAUGAUCCUAACAUGUUCAACUCAGACAUAGCUAUACUGAAGCUGUUGCACAAGGCAAGGAUCACUGAGUUUGUCUUCCCUGUUUGCUUGCCACAUGUGCAGGGAGGGGAGGUGACCACCAAGCAGGCUUAUAUCACUGGCUGGCCUGCAGCAGACUUGCAUGACCCAAGCCCAGACACAGACUCUGAAGUGGCUCACACGGGUGUUAUUGAAUUAGGUAAUGUGGCACAGUGUGAAAGACAGUAUGCCCAACAAGGGGUUCCCAUUAGCAUCACUGACAACAUGCUAUGUGGAAGGCAACAUCCCAUCAGCUCCACCAUCGUCUGUCCUGCCAAAACAGGGGGAAUAGUUCUUUUACCUUCUGAUAGCCAGAUGAGGUCAAUGUCUCUUCCUGAGCAUAGGAGAGUGGAGGAAGCUGUCUCUGAGCCUAGUUGGGAACUGCUGGGCCUAGUGAGCUUUGGUUACAAUCUACAGAGUUGUAAUCCAGGCCUGUUUACUGUCUACACACGGGUGGCCAACUUUAAAAACUGGAUUGAAAGGAAUAGUAAGUAAGUACUGAUUUUUCACGACUCAGAUUUUGGACAAUGAUAGCAAAACUUACAGAGUUUACAUGUUCAUGAUAAUUUAUGAGUUGAUAAAUUAUGGUUUACAGAAGCCUAUAGGAGAUUUUGUGGCCCAUCUAGGCAAUAAAAAGUCAUUAACCCAUCUGCACAAAGACAUUCAGGGUCCACUUUAUUUUAGGUCUGUUUCUGCUUACAGCAGUCUUUGAAAAAAAGAACUUGUGCAUUGAUUAAAUAGUUCACUAUAGCCACUCCUACCUUACUGGACUAAACAAACCUUGGUUGGACAUCAUGGAUCUACUUGCAAUGUUCCUGAAUAUAGAAUAACUGUUUCAAGAUCAAGCAUUUGAGUUUGCAUGAUCUUGUUUAACCAGUAUACAUGUAUAAUUAGAAACAUACAUGAAAGCAAUAAGCAUUUGGAAACAAUGAGGUUACACAUGUGUUAAUUAACAAGACUAGGCAAGCCUAUUUUUGCUGGACUCCCAACGGCUGCAUACCAUUUUUCACACAAAUGUCAACAGCAUUUCAUUAAAAGGGAGGCAGUCAUUUAUAUAUUGUCCAAAACUUAAAUCCAUUAUAUAUGUCCUUGAGAAGCAAUUUCAUCAUUUGUAUAAUGUUCUGCAUGUUGAUAGAGGUGUUGUGGCAUAAAGUCUGGCAUCUGUUAUGUCUCAUUAUUUUAUGUUACCAUGUCUAAUUUCCUGAAUAUAGGUGAAAAUGUUUAUAUGCAUUUGAGUCUGCAUUAUGUUAUUGAACAAAUAUGCCUGUGGUUUCAGCAUCAAACAUAAAAUUCAGCAUUUGUAAACAAUGAGGUGUUGGUAAACAAGACUAAGCAGGCCUAGUUUUUGCAGGAUUGCUACGGUUGCAUGUCAUUUAUCACAAGUGUCAUUGAAAUUUCAGCAACAGGGAGGCAUUCAUAUAGCAUAUAGCAUCCAUAUAGCAUUCAUAUAGCAUCCAAAAUAUAUAAUUUUCAUAUAUAUAGAAGUUAUUGAGAUGUAAUUUAGAGUUUUGGAUAAUUACCUGCAGGUUCCAUGGCAUAUAAUGUGGUGUUGUUUUGAUUCAUGACUCAUUUUAUGUGACACUAAUAAUGGACACAAUGCUUGAUACCAAACUUGAGAAUGCAUAGCUUCAAAUUGAUUUUGUGUUUUUGAAGUAAUUUUUGUUCUAUUAUUUUAAAAUGUAGCACAAAUCAUAGAAAAAAUAAGAGUAGAAACAGAAAAAAGAAUCACUGUAACAUUGUAUUAUUUUUAAGUAUUCAGUAGGUUUGGAUGUAUUCCAACCGAAUAAUU